AUGUCAGCUCCUCUUGUUCAUACAAAUGAUUCAAGUUUCAUUCUUCUAGGCUUGUAUACCACAUUUUUUUUCUAUCACCUUGUCAAUAGGGGUGUAUCCUACAGAGGCCAUCACAAAGCACUUUCAUGGCACAUCCUAGGCGGGUCAAUGGAGAUAAUCCUAUAUUAUGGAGGAUUCAACUGCUCUCUUCUUUCAAUAGCUGGUACUCUGAUGCACUCCGUGACCUCUUUAAUCCUUGUCAAGAACCUUCCGAACGGGUAUCCUCCUCACACUCGCCCCGCAUAUCAGGCCGGCUCACUCAUGCGCCCUGUGCAAAUUAUCCGAGCAUACUACACGCAGAGCCCAGUUGACUAUCACGAUGCCAUAAUGCCUAUCCACGCCUUUGUUUAUGCUAGGGCAAUCAUAUUUAUUUUAGGAACCAUGGGCCCCUCCAAGUCAUUUCUCAGAAAUGUCAACUCACGAUUUGUCUACACACAGGCCAUCUUUGGAGGUGCCCUCAUUGCCAUCGGUCACUGCAGUAGACCAGAAGCCAUCUGCGUGUACGUGGUUAUCAUGCAUACACUCGGAAAAAUUGGGGUGUGGACAAGCACGAAGAAGCAAGGACUUCGAAUCCCUAUCUUAGUCCACGUCCUGAUGCUCAUGGGGUUCUCUUCCCAGGGGGAAUCCAUAAUGGAUUACGGCAAAACAGACACAGACAAAGUUCCUGAAAUCGGACAUCUCCCAGUUGAUUUAAUUGGUCAUCAUUGGGCCCGGUUUAACUAA